AUGUCAACUGGGUUAAGAUUCAAAUGUUCCGUCAUUCUACUAGUGUUUAUGUCAAUAUUAACAGAUUCGAUUCGAGGAGCAACUCAAUGCGGAUGGAUAUUUCGAAAUAACCUCAUCACACCAUCAUUAUCCAUAUUUGAUUCCAGUUACAAUCUCACGGUCAUCCCAGUUAUUUUCGGACAAGCUUGGUGUUUGCCAGUCAAUAAUCACUCGCUCACAGUCAAUUUAGGCAGCGUGACAAAUGUGACGAAAUUAGCAGUUCAGGGUCAAGAAAGAACAGAGAAUUAUGUCACAGCUUAUGAAGUUGAUUAUAGUAUUGAUGGCCAAGUGUUUAAAAACAUAAGAAAUGGACUUCGACCUCAAUGUUCGGCACGAGAAUUUUUUGGUCCAUUUCCAGGCAAAUCAACGGGUUCUGACAUUGCGGAAAGCAACAUUUCUCGUCCUUUUCUAGCACAAUAUGUGCGUUUCCGACCACAAGAAUCCGUGGGUAAUCUAUGUACAAGAAUAGAUAUAUAUGGAUGUCAGUCAGGUAAAAAAGAAAGAUUAUUAAUGUUUUAUAUGGGUAAUCUAUGUACAAGAGUAGAUAUAUAUGGAUGUCAGUCAGACAACGGGUUCACAUCAUGGACUCAAUGGAGUGCAUGUUUUUCAACGUCUUCAACGAGUACAAAUUGUGGACGAACACGUAGAAGAAAUUGUGAAAAGCCACUUGAAGGAUGUAAAGGAAAUAGGAACGAAACACAGGAAUGUUUAACACAGCAGUGUCCUGUCGUAUGUGGAGAGUUGGGUAUUGUCGAUGAUAAUCGUGCGAUAAAUAACAGUGCAUUUCAAGCGUCGACAUUUAAACCUGGCUUUGAACCUUUCAAAGCAAGGUUGAACGGUUUAGGUGGUGAAACUCGAGUUACUGAAAUAGCAACACAAGGACUCGAAAAUGGCACGAAUUCUUCGUGGGUUACACGAUUUUUUAUAGAUUUUCGUCGUUCAGAUAACUCUCUGUGGCAAGAUUACACAAUAAAUGGCUCCGUCAGGAUUUUUGAAGGCAACGUCAAUGCGAUGAUCGUAAGAAGACACACCUUGGAGAGAAGAAGUAGCUUUCGAUAUAUAAGAUUUUAUCCUCUCGAGUGGAACAACCAUAUUUGUAUGAGAGUGUCAGUCACUGGUUGUCGAGAUACACCUCUAGAUGCUCCUCCAAUCAUUGCUAGAUCAGACGAUGACGACGACGAUUAUUGGAUCCUACUUUGGGUUGUCCUUGGUUUACUUUUGUUGUUACUGUUGCUUGGAUUAUUAUAUCUAUGUUGUCGUUACUGUCCAUGCUGCGCCUGCUGUCCAUGUGGCAAACAACGUAAAAAGAAAUCCAAGGACGAUAUGAGAACUGUAUUGACGACAGAUGAAACUGAUGCUCCACCAAAAUCUAAUGUGCGUUAUGCCACAGAGGGGACACAGACGGAUACCGCGCGUCAAACAGGAUCAUCGCAGUCUAUCUCAUUAAAUAUUGAUGAAGGGGAACGCGGAGGAACCUUUAAACACGAUGCUUAUGGAGCUAGAUAUAACGAGGGUAUGCAAAGGCAUGAAGAUGAAACUCGGAUAGCUGGUUCAAGUGCUUUUAGAGACCAGAGCACCGAUAGCAGGAGAAACGUGAUUACGUCAAAAUCACGUGAUAUUGUUGAUGGUAGCCAGAGAACGGAAAUAGCACACGAGGAAUCAAGUGGUAGAUCCGACAGUAAAAUAAUGACGUCAUCACAGUAUGAAAGAGAAAAAUUCCAGUCUUCCGAAAGAGGAAGAGAAGGUGGUGAGAGGUACGAGGAUCGUUAUGAUGUCUCAAUCACCCCAGGUGCCCAUCGACAUCCAGUUGCGGACCUUGAGACAAGUCAAAAGACACACGAUGGAACUUGGAGAGUAGAAACAUUGGAUGAAGUGAACGGAAGAAUGUCCAGUGAACGUCGUUAUCGCGAUGAGGCAGAGCUUGAUUACCAAGGUAUUAGUUACCGUGGUCAUGGUUACCGUGGUCAUGGUUACCGUAGUCAUGGCGCGGAAAGAUCAAUGAAUAUACGUGAAAGUAGUGACGCGAGAAGAGGUGGAAUUGUUGUAAGACUUGCUGCUGGUGAUGAUUACAAUGGUAUGUUAUCGACUGCGGAGACUGAUACUUCAACAGCUGCAGAAUAUACAGUACAUCUCCAUGACUAUCCUCCAGCAGCUGUUGCUAGAUUACAGGCUAACGAAACACAGUCAUUGCAAGAAAGAUACUUUGAAGAAGAAACGUUAAGAGCCGGAAGUCGAAGUCGUCAUGCUAGAGCAGAGUCUUCGGGAGAGGAAGUGGAAGUAGAAAACUGGAAAUUGACAAGUAUUCGUGGUGAGGCAUUCAAAGGUGACAUUUAUGGUGACUCCUCAAGUGAACAUGGAAGUUUACACACCUUUCAUCUUGAAGCUCCCCCCAGCUUUCAUCUUGAAGGUCCCCCCCUUUCACCAAGUUCAUCAGAUAUUACCAGUAUCAGUCAAUAUGGAGGAUCAUCCAUAGGCGAUCAAUACACUGAAGAAAGGAGAAAAAAAGAAUCUUAUAAGAUGUUUGAUUACUCACGUGACUAGAUGUCAACCAAUCACAGUUCUUCAUCAUUUUCAUAGAAGAUUGUACAAUGAGGAACAAUGAUGGAUGUGUUUCUGUUUUAAAAAAAUUAUUAUAGGACCUUACUAUUCAGUAAUCACGAAAAUAUGAUUUAAAAGUUUCUCAAAAUGAAAGGCGAAACAUGUCUUGAAAAGGAUAUGUUUUACAACACUAUAAUGAAAAAUACUCUGGUUGAAUAUCAUGAAUUUAAUUUUAAUAUCUUAACUAUUUUAUGUUUGGUGAAAUAUUGAAUAUUGUCUGAUCACUUGAACGGUAAAUUAUGUAUGUAUCUACCGCCAGAAGAGUGCUAUCAAAUAACAAGGAUUAUCAGACACUUAUAGGAAAGUUUACAUUAUGAUGCAUGAUGUACAGCUGUUUCAAAAUUUUACACCAAAAUAUCAUUUGUUUUACCUCGUUUGCCAAAGAGAUGUGUGUUGUUCAAUCUUUUUGAAGUGUUUGGUGAGGAAACAGCUGUUGAUGACUCUCUAUACGGAAGCUGAACAAUAGAAGAACAUCAUAAUUCAAUCAAUUUAUAGAUAAAACACUAGAUUUGUUAAUAAUAUGAUUUUUCUUUUGAAUUAAAAACUUCAGCUUAAA